AUGGAUUUUGUGAGUCAAACUUUAACUACGGAUUCUAAUCUCCAAUGCGACAGCAUGUUCCUCGAGCUCCAUGAUUUUGCCAACAUUGUAAAUGGUUUACAUGACACAUGUUUUCUUAAAGUCUUAGACUUUGGUGGUCUACAAAAUGUUCAUUGUGCAAGAAAAGAGGUAACCAAAGUGGAGUUUACUCUUAGAGAUAUCAACAACCACCGCAUAAAUUGCUGCAUCUUCGGAAACUUAGCUGAUAUUUUGACAAAAGCUGUCAAACAACCAAACUAUGGAGAUAUUUGUUUGAUCAUAUAUGCUAAAAUCAACAACUACAAGGGUGAGUUGCAAGUCUCCAAUGCAUUUGAUACUUCUUUGGUUUUGAUAAACCCAGAUAUCAAGGAAGCAAAAUCACUUAAACAAAUGUUUCAUGGUGAUGCUAAUGCUGUUGAUCUGUACCAACAUAAAAAUGACAAGAUUCUGAUCCAGAAACAGAGCAAGAAAUGGUCCCACUAUCCAUUCAAAACCAUUCAAGAAAUAAAACACUCGGAUAAGGGUGGAAAUUGUAGAGUAAUCUGUACGGUCUAUGCUAUUGAUACCUCAAGUGGAUGGUAUUAUCUAGAUUGUAUGGUCUGCAAGAAUAAGGUACAAGUUGGAUUUGCUUGUGCAGGAUCAAACUGUUACAAAUUCCAUGAUGAUUCUAUGAGCAUUGUUGAAACAAGUGAAGAAGGCAAAUAUAUUGUAUCUCAAGCCAACAAUGGGACUGGACAGAAAUUAACUGGAUGGGAAGCAGUCGAGGUUAAUAAGUGCAAAGUUGUUGCUACAAUCUAUGCUAUAGAUACUGAUUAUGCAUGUAUUAGAUAUAAGCUCCAUCUGAUGGCUAAGGAUGAUACAGCUAAAGCAAAAUUUGUUGAAGAUCCUCAGUUGUUGCCUGGCUGUAUUAAUGAAAUUGUGGGGAAGACUUAUAAUUUUGGGGUUACCAUCAAAAAAGAAUCUGAGACUUUUAAGGUGUCUCUAUUGACUUACAGUGAUGAAAUCUCUAGCAAGAUGGCAACUCCUUCUAAGCGAUCAGUGGACGACAUUGUUGAUAUUCCAGAUAACACCUCGACUUCAAAGAUGCGCCCUGUCAAAAAUAUCAAGAUUGAGAAGAUGAGCAGUGAUGAGCUAGGCUUAACGGAGAACUAA